UAAGCUUUGUAGAAUUUUACAAGACAAAGGACAAUUGGUAAAAACAAAAAAUGUUCCUAUAGAUGAAGUUGUGGCAAUGUUUUUGCAUAUUCUUGCUCACAACCUAAAGUAUAGAGUUGUGCACUUUAGUUAUUGUAGAUCCAUGGAAACAAUUAGUAGGCAAUUCAAGAAUGUCCUGCGAGCUACAAUGAAAGUAAGCAAAGAAUAUUUGAAGUUCCAUGAGUAUAAUCUAGAGAGCUCGGUGGAAAACAAAUGGAGAUGGUUUAAGAAUUCGAUUGGAGCACUUGAUGGAAUACAUAUUCCAGUAACAAUUUCUGCAGAAGAUAGACCUAGAUAUCGUAAUAGAAAAGGUGAUAUCUCUACAAAUGUUUUAGGAGUUAGUGGUCCAGAUUUAAGGUUUAUAUAUGUGUUGCCCGGAUGGGAAGGGUCAGCAGGAGAUUCUCGAGUAUUGCGAGAUGCUUUGCAUCGUCAAAAUUGUCUCCAUAUACCAAAUGGUAAAUAUUUUCUUGUGGAUGCGGGGUAUACAAAUGGCCCUGGAUUUACAAAUAAUAUUGGAGAUGAAGUCACAACUAUCCAAGCAACUGAGGAAUGGACAAGAUUUCGUGAUACUUUAGCAAUGAAUAUGUUUGCCACCUAUCGAAUAAGAAGAAACUUUGAUUAGGGAGAUGUUUUUAGUGGAUUUGGAUUUUGUUUCUUAUGUGUAAUUGACUCUAUACUCAUGUAUGUGUGAUACUUUGGAUUUUUGUAUUUCAUAAUACUUUGGAUUUUGUUUU